GCAGUUUUCCAAAGCGCAAACGCACCCGCCUUGCUUCGCUUCUCCUCUGCCUCCUUUCAUCGCUUGAUCAUUUGCGCCUUCCCUUGCCUGCAGCUGUCCCCUCCGUGUGCCCGCCGCUUUGAGCUGUUCUCCUCCUCCUUCUCCUCGCACGAAACCAACCAUGCCCAUCGCCGCGACCAAGCUCGACAUCUCCAGGGAGCAGCACACCGAGGAGAUCCCCGCGUCAUGCUACUUCACCCCUCGCACCGUCAGGGAUCUCCUGUGCUACUAUGCGUUUAUCCUGUUUGUCACGAGCUUCCUGUGGUUUGCCGGCCUGUACCUUUGGGCCAUUCACGACAACAAGGAUGAGGAGCGCGUCGGCAUGGGCCUCACCAUUGCAGGCAUUGUUGUUGGUGGUGGUGCCAUCUUGGUGAUCACAAGCAUCUGCCUGUGUAACUGCAACAAGCCGCUGCCGGAAACAGAGGACAAGGACGACGAUAUUGAGAUGCAAGAGAAGUGAAGGGGCUGGUUCUUUUGCCCUCGCUGAUAUCGUUUCUCCCUCCCCCCCCCCCCCUUUUCACAUCGCCCCAAAACGUCCUCGCACACGUGUACACUCACACGCGCACGCACCAACCAACCCACCACUUCACACACACUCAACCACAAUGCAUUGCAGUGACCCCUAGUUUCCCUUCCCCCCCCCCCUUCACCCCUUCGCCCUCUUUCUUUUUCGCAUCAAGCACACUUUCCUCCACCCUCUCCACCCUCGUUGGUGUGUACAUGUUUCGCUUGGUUGUUUUAGGCAUGUUCUGUUGAUCGCUGGCAUGAAGUGCACCAGAAAUUGCGCCAUUCACGCUGACACACUGACACGUUGAUACGACAGACUGUUCCUUUUCUUUUCCCUUCCUCUCUUCUCCUCCCCCCCCCCCUCACACACACCGUUUGCAUUUGCCGUGUCCGUGCGUGUGCACUCCUGAUAUCGUGUGUGAGGGAUUGUGUGCUCUUUUGCGUGUAGGCUGUGUUUUUGUGUGCUUGCACAGCACGGUCUGUUACCCAACACGCCCUUGCCCACAAACAGUGGUGUUUCCUCUCUGUUCCUCCGUUCUCAAGUUCUCACGCGCGUCGGUGGCCUGUGUCCGUGCGUCCAUCCCCUUGUGUGUGAGUGUGGUUGUUUCUUCCUCGUGUCUUUGGUGUUGCCCUUCUUCCUCUAUCUGCAUCAUCUUCCCUCCUCCUUGUUGGUCGGACCUUAAUGAACACUCGACAGUGAAACCCUGAAAGCAACCGCAGCACAGCCAUGGGUGGGCGCAUGAUGGAG